AUGGUGGUGAUGUGCCGUGUGAUGUGUGUGUUGACCGUUGUGUUGUGCUGUGCCUGCGGGUAUACCAUGGCGGCUGCUUCUACUACUCCUACUGCUGGACAACUAAAGGCGGUGAUGGCUAUUGAUCAUCCUUUUUUCAAUACACAUGUUGAAGAGGAAAAAAUUAUUUCAGACUUUUAUGAUAAGCCCCUUGUCAUUAGAGAUAAUGAUUCACGCUCACUCAAUGAUGUACCUUCUAGACCUGCUACCGGAAUUGAUCCUAGUAACUCACAAGAGCAGGAUAGGCGUAGUAGACCAGGUGUGUCGGAAGAAAUGGGAGAAAGAACAGUCGAAGGAUCACUUCAGGCUGCAGUCCAAGGACCACACCAAGCUCCUGCAAAACCACCUUCUGAGUUGCCACAAGGUGAUCAGAACGUUGUGAAUCAUGGAGAACAGCGACCACAAAUAACUUCUUCCUCUGAUCAAGCGAAUGACAUCCAACAUGUUAAUGCUGCCGUCAGUUCAUCGGGUAUUUCUGCCCCUCAAGUCGAGAGAAGUACCUCUACUAAUGGAGGUGGUGAUAGUGCUGGAGAACACACCGGAACUAAGCAGUCUAAUCCACCUACAGAAGGUAACCCAGGAUCAUCAAAUAACACAGGGGAUAACAGUGUACCUGGCGAUAAUAAUACUCCUCAACAACCAUCUUCUGAAGGUACGACUGCCGUUCCAGGCUCACAAGAAAACACUACCACUACUCCGCCGAGCACCGAGAACACUGUCAGUGAAGCACCAACCACAACUGCUUCUCCUGUUCCUGUACCCAACGCAGAGAUCACCUCUAUUGCCUCCGCAGUGCAGAAGAACAAGGCUAAUGCUGACAGCAGUGUCAGUCCUGUGUGGAUGCGCACUGCAGCACCGCUAUUGAUUGUGGUUGUGUUGUUCUCCUUUACUGUGUACUGA